AUGAGGCCUCCUCAUGGAGCUCUGUGUAACGAGACGUUCUCCUUGUCCUCGGCCCACCGCAGGGCUCCUUCUCCACCUCCACUGGACUUUGGGCCGGGCCCUCACCCCUUCCUCUCUACUCUCAGCUUGUCCAUCUCCUCAGCAGGCAAGCGCUCCCGUUGGUCUGAUGGGCCGCAGCUGGACCCUCUGCAACUGGACAGCGCCGUCAUCUCGGUCCUCUUGGAGAACAAAGUGCAACCCCCAGAGCUCCAGAAUCGUCCUUUCGGAGUCUUUGCCUCUGGGAACGGCUUUGCCUCUGGGAACGGCUUUGCCUCUGGGAACGUCUUUGCCUCUGGGAACGACUUUACCUCUGGGAACGGCUUUGCCUCUGGGAACGGCUUUGCCUCUGGGAACGGCUUUGCCUCUGGGAACGACUUCACCUCCGGGAGGGACCGACAAUCCCCCUCCCCGGGCGGGCCGUUACUCGCCCCGAGGGCGGGGCGAGCUGAGGCAGGCGCGGCUGGGCCGGCGGCCACAGGGGAUGCAGCGCCCGGGCCCUUCAGCACGCUCUGCGGGCGGGUCCACCCACUGCCCGGGCGGGCCAGGGGCCGGGGCAGGGACCUCGCCGGGGGCGGGGAGCUGGCGGGCGGGGAGCCGCACGUGCCGCCUCCCAGCGCGAGCCCUCGGGCGGCGGGAGCGGACGCUAGUGGCCCCGGCCGCGGCCCCGGCGCGCGCCCGCUCGCUCUCGCUCCCGCGCCCCGCCCGUGCCCCGCCCGGACCAUGUCCAAGACCGAGGAAGCCAAGCGUUUGGCCGGCCGCGCGGGUGAGGACCACGUGAAGAAUAACCAGGUGCUGGGGAUUGGCAGCGGUUCUACCAUCGUCCAUGCCGUGCAGAGGAUAGCUGAAAGAGUAAAACAAGAAAACCUGAAUGUUGUCUGUAUUCCUACGUCCUUUCAGGCCCGGCAGCUCAUCCUUCAGAACGGCUUACCUCUGAGCGACCUGGACCGACACCCAGAGCUUGACCUCGCUAUCGAUGGUGCUGACGAAGUAGAUGCUGAGCUCAAUCUCAUCAAAGGCGGCGGAGGCUGUCUGACUCAGGAGAAAAUCGUAGCCGGCUAUGCCAAGUGUUUCAUCGUGAUUGCCGAUUACAGGAAGGAUUCCAAGAACCUCGGCGACCACUGGGUGAAGGGAAUUCCCAUUGAGGUCAUCCCGAUGGCCUAUGUCCCCGUGACUAGGGCCCUGUCCCGGAUGUUUGGGGGAGUGGCCGAGCUGCGGAUGGCCGAGCGCAAGGCAGGUCCCGUGGUGACGGAUAAUGGGAACUUUCUGCUGGACUGGAAGUUUGACCGAGUGCAUAAGUGGAGUGAAGUGAACACGGCCAUCAAGAUGAUCCCAGGGGUUGUAGACACCGGUCUUUUUAUCAACAUGGCUGAAAGAGUCUACUUUGGCAUGGAAGAUGGUUCCGUCAGCGUCAGGGAGAGGCCGUCUCACUGACCGAGGCCCUCGCCGAUCGCUGGGGCAGAAGAGCCUUAAUGUACUUGCCCCAGGAUGGCUGGUUGGAACGUGGGGUCUCCUGACAUGUUGCUGAAUGCCCCUCUUGUUGUGGGUUUUUUUUUUUUUUAAGGAAACAGAAAAGCAUAUAUAUUUUUUCUAUCUAAAAACUCACUUUUUUAAAGAAAAAAAACUUGAUUUCAUGUUUUAUAUGAAAUGCCAAAAAAAGAGAAAAAAGACAGUUUUUUUGAAUCCUUGACUUGAGGUGGCUGGUUUCUUGUUAAGUUUCUGAGUGUUUGGUUUUCCUGGGAAUCCCCAAAUGUCAGCCACUGUGCCAGCCCAGUCUCUGAGGGGUUAUAGAUGCCUUACUGGAACCAUUGGCCAUCCAUGCGCCUUAGUUCUCCCUUUGAUGGUUUGUUUUGCGUUUACGUUUUAAUAGCUCCUACUUCAUAGUCAUACUUUAAGAUGCUGAGCCGAGCAGUGACCUUCAUGGACCUGCCAUCUCGACCUCAGUCCCAUCACCUCUUGGCCAAGGUCGGGCCACUCACCCAAAGUGGGGAGCCCGAUGCUGCUGGGAGGCACCUCCCGGUGUGUGUGUGUGUGUGUGGGGGGGGGGGUUCCUUCUGCCAUCCACUUGGUUUGAAUCCUUUGUUUGCCUUGUUUGCUGUAAGUUGUGUGGCUCACCCAGGUGGGCAUCAGGUGCGUUCUGUGGGUGUUGGAAUAAAAUGGCUCAGUGCCACGUGAGGCUG